GAUCGAACUCUGCAAUAUCGCAAACUGCACUCAUAUCUAGCUGCAGAAUAGUGAUAAAUAUUUUGUAGAUCUUUUUGCAAAAACGUCUAGUCAACCUUUGAUAGUUUAAUAAAGGAUUUAGGGGUUAAUACAAUUAGAGUACUAAUUGACGUUGCAAUUCAUAUAGUGCUAAAACCGUUGUGCGGAUUUCACGAUUAAAUUAUUUCGAGCUUCCUUAAAGGGGAUAUAUAGGACUUAAUUUCAACACCAAAUUAGGUACGUUAAGUAUUAAAAAUACUUAUAAAAGUUAUCCAACUAGUGUCGCUCAAGUAUUGGCUAUUGAUUCACACUAAUAGUUUGGGACUUUGAUAUACAAUUUUUUUAAAAAAUUGUUCGGUUUAUAACGACAGUUCUCUGAUCAUAUUGGUCAUAGUAUUCUCUUCUUAUUAAAAGGGAAUUGCUUCUACUAUAGUUAAAUUAUUUUGACAAUGUUUAGAAAGGACUUGUUAACUCCAUGUCCGGUGCUUCAUCCUAAUAUGGAUGAAUUUAGUGAUCCCAUCGAAUACCUUUCUCGAGCUGAUAUUGCUAAAUUAGGUGCACAAUAUGGUAUAGUCAAGAUAGUACCACCUGAGAAUUGGAAUCCACAAUUUCUGAUAUCGAAAGACUUUAACUUUCAUACUAGAUUACAAAGAAUCAGUGAUCUUGGUAUUACUACUAGAUCUCGACAAUUAUUUUCUGAUAAUAUUAAUCGAUUUCUUAAGAUGCGUCGGAAACGUCAAUUGAAACAGUAUUUCACAGCCAAACCAGCUAAGGGUCAUCACCCUGUAAAAGUAUAUUAUUAUGAUUUGUUUAUUAAAGUAGAUGGUAUGGGUGGUAUUAAGAAUAUGUCAAGAACAAAAUGGAAAGACUUGAAAAGUCAGUUUGGUGUAGCUCAUGAUUCUCAAGAACUAGAAACUGAAUUCAAUACUAAUAUUCGAAGUUAUUCCAAUUUUCUUAAAGAACAUAAUUCAAAUUAUGAAUUCCCUGAAAGUGAUUCUGAAGAUGAGUAUGAUAAUUGUUUGAUAUGUGGUAAACAUGAUCAUCCAUCUCUAACUUUAUUAUGUGAUAAUUGUGAUAAUCCAUAUCAUACAUUCUGUUUACCUACUCCUCUCAAUUCAAUUCCUUCGAGUAAUUGGUAUUGUGAUAAAUGUUUAAUUGGAACUGGUGAAUAUGGAUUUGAAGAAGAAGUAGAUGUUAAAUAUUCUUUACGUCAAUUUUAUAAUUUAUGUUUAGAAGCUGAUCAAGAUUUCAUCAAUAAGUAUAAUAAUGGUAAACCAUUGACGGUAGAUAUUAUUGAACAGAAAUUCUGGGAAUUUGUUGAUAUUCAGAAGUCAGAUUUGGAGGUUAAAUAUGGUGCUGAUAUUCAUAAUUUAAAGCCUGGUCAAAUAAGUGGAUUUCCAAUGAUGGAUACCCCUGGUAUAAAACUUGACGAUGCCACAAAUCAAUUUUAUAUUAAUCAUCCAUUUAAUUUAACAAAAUUACCAUUUGCUAAUGGUUCUCUUCUAAAUUAUAUCAGUACUGCUAUUUCAGGAAUGACUAUACCCUGGAUAUAUAUUGGUUCAUUAUUAUCAACAUUUUGUUGGCAUGUUGAAGAUCAUUAUACUUUAUCAGCAAAUUAUUGUCAUUUAGGUGCCACUAAGAAAUGGUAUGGAAUUCCUUCAUCACAAGCAGAUAAAUUUGAGAAAUUAAUGAGAGAUUCAGCUCCUGAUUUAUUUAAGAGACAGCCUGAUUUAUUACAUCAGUUGGUAACAUUGUUGUCACCAGUUAAGUUGGUUGAAAAUGGAAUUAAAUGUGUUUAUGCUGAUCAGAAUCCUGGAGAAUUUAUAAUCACUUACCCUCGAGUAUAUCAUGCUGGAUUUAAUUGUGGAUUUAAUUUUAAUGAGGCAGUGAAUUUCACCAUGAAUUCAUGGUUAGAAUUUGGUGAGAAGUCAAUUAAUGAUUAUAAGAGUAUAGGUAAAGAAAAUGUCUUCAAUCAUUAUCAAUUAUUGGAAAAUAUCUUAAGGGCCUUCAAUCGUCAACGCGGUAAAAUACAUCGUAAUCAAAUUAAUUUGGUUAAGAAAAGUUUAAAAGGAUUUGAGGAUCAAAUGAUGAGGCAGAAUGAAUACCUCUUUAAAAUUGAUAAAUCUAAAUUUAAUGUUGAAUAUAAACCUAAGAAGAUUAAAAGGUCAAAGAAUAAUAGUAAUAUUAAUUACGAUAUUUAUGAAAAUUAUGGUGAUGAUGAAGAAGAUGAACCGUUAUGUGAUAUAUGUAAGACCCAUCUUGGAUAUCAAUAUUGUAUUAUUAAUAAUAAGGAUCGUCGAUUCCAAUAUUCUAAACAUUCAGGAUUAAUUGAUAAGAAAGAAAUUAAAGAAGAACCUAAACAAUUGUUGACACCUAAAGCUUCACCUUAUGAACAAGUUAAUUUAACAAGCAAUAUUGAAAGAGCUGAAUUAGUUAGUGCUAAUGAAAGUUCUAGAAGAUUUAAAGAAGUUAUUGAUCUUGUUAGUGAAGAAGAAUCUAAAGAAGAAUCUAAAAAAGAAUUCAAAGAAGAAUCCAAAGAAGAAUUAUGUAUGAUGGCACAAUUUGAUCAAUUAGUCAAUGAAGCUAAACGUAAAGCUAAAGAAGAAUUAGACGCCAAAAAUGAAGGUUUCACUAAAAGAAGAUCUAAGCGAUUACAAGAACAUCCAGUAGAUGUUAGUGAGAAUGCUAAAAAUAAAAUUGAAGGUGAAUAUCAUCAUCUUAGAACUUUAGCUACUAGUAGUAGAAUGAAAUCUAAUUCUUCAUCAUCAGCUUCAUUAUCAUCAAGAAUGAUGGGUAAGAUGACAAUGGUACAAAAAUUUUCUUCUAUGAAGAAAUUAAAUGAGAAAGAUAGUGUAUUAUUAUGUUUAGAAUGUUGUACUAAAGUAUUUGAUAAAGAAAGUGGAGAUGUUCCUACUGGUUCUAUCUUAUUAUACGAAACAUACCCUUCACAAUUAAAGGAAUUAAUUAAAGAAACCAAAAGAAAUCUUGAAGAAAUCCAAUAAGUUAAGUGUGUGUAUAUAUACAUAUAUAUGUAUAUAGUUAAUAUGUUCUGUAAGUAGUAGUUAUAAGUUAUAAUUAAUUUUGCAGCAAAAAUAGGUGUGUCUCAUAGCCUAUCCUGCACAUAUGUCAAACCAAUCAAACAAAUAAAACUUCGC